AUUGAUCGUUAAGUAAUUUCAUUAAUUACAAAAUAAAUUUUGCAAUUAUUUAAAAUCAUUUUUUCUCUAUUGUUUUUUUUUCAAUUUUUUAUAAUAUAUUAUCCUUUUAAAAAGUAACGAUAUAUAUGUACACAGAUGCAUAUAAAAUAAAUUGAAAAAAAAAUCAAAAAUCAACGAUAAAGUAGUUUCAAUUUGUCAUAUCGCGUAUUUAUAUCAAAUGGAUAUACAUUAAAUACCGAUAGUUUUAUUUUGAUCUGAUCAUAACGCAUAUAGUUUUAUAUACAUCAUAACUAUCUACGAUUUAAACAUUGUUAUAAUUCCUCUAUUAUGAAGAAGUAACAAUCGAUCAUUUAUAUUUAUUUCGUCCUUAGAUGUAUAAUUACAAGAAUAAUAAAGUAUUAUUUUUCAAUAAAUAAGUUAAUUAAAUUAAUAUAUCUUCGAUGAAAAUAAAUAUUUAUUGUACUUUUUAUUAAAAUGUGUCUCAUUUGUUUUAAAGUUCAAGAAAGAGAGAGAAGAAAAAUAUCCUGAAAAUAUCGUAAGAUUGAGAGCUAAAAUAAAAUGUAAAUCUUUGUUAAAUUUUGUCGUUCAUAUCUUACGCGAAAUAAAUCGUAAAUAAAUAUUGUAAAAAUGAACGAUGACUUUUUUGAACUUUUAAACUUAUCUAAAAAGAUAAAUAUAUAUAAAUAUAGAAUUAUAUAUGUAUAUCUCUUCAAAAAAAAAAAAUGUAUUCACAUAGCAAAAUAUUUUUACUCUUAUCAUUAACAAGAUAAAUACAUCAAAAAAAUAAAAAGAGGUUUAAUCUGAUAUAAAAAUGAUAAAUGAGCAGCGUAAUCAAGCAAACUAACAAGAAACUAUAUGCACGUAGAUGAAAUCCUUAAAUAUCAUGCGGAAACACAGACUGUAAUCAAUGCGGUCGGUGAAAGGAAUUCCUUAUUGGAAUUUACUCUCUUGGAUGGAACUCUUUUCUAAUAUCUUUUCUUUCCUAGAGAGAUUUCAAGAGAUAUCGACAGCAAGAAUAAACGCUGAUUGUCAAGAAACUGGCUUAGAAUUUUCUAUUGAUCGGAACACACAGGUGGAAUCUCGUACAAAAUAUCGCGUUAACUUUUCCUCUAUUCGUGUAUCUAUAUCUUUCGUGAGUGAAGACCAUCGAGGAUUUAUGAUUUAACGAAACUGAUAUCUGUUCCAUUUCACUGAACUUAUGCUCCUAUAUGAAAUAGUUACAAUUGAAUCUUCUUGAGAGCCAUUUCCGAUUGAAAUCGUAAUAAACUCGAUCGUAAAAUUGAGAUGGGAAUUUUAUUCUUUCAGAUAAGAUUUAUCGAUGAAAGUAAACAUGCACUUGCGUUAUUUUCAAAGAAAGUAAAAGAAAAAAUUAUAAGCUAUGAAAUUAUGUAUUUUUCUUUUUUUAUUCAAUGAGAAUAAAAUAUUUGCCAUUCUCUUAACGGAUAGGAAAUAGAAAAUAUCGAAUGGAAAAAGUAUCUGUUUCAUUAAAUCACUCUCUUUUUUAAUUACUCGUCAUCGAUGACACGCAUUCGAAUAUAUCAGGACAGAGGAAAUUCGCCAGGAUGUCCAUCAAGUUUGGAUAUCGGAAAACUUUGAGACAAAGCCUUGGUCUCGACAUAGUACUGGUGCACCUACGCGCUCGUUAAAACGACGUACAUACCUCAGUUUCGCAGAGUCCGUCGUCGCGUUCGCAUCCCUUUGCCAAGCUGGGGGCCCUUCGUGUCUCGUCACCCUGACACAUCACGGAACAUCGAGCUCACUUAUUCAAACAUGCUCGAUCGACGAACCCUGUGACACAUUUUCCUUUUGCAAAAUAGUGCUAUCGAUGUUAAACAUUUAAUAUGCAAUAUCGAGUUUUCGAGGCAAUUGUAAAACUCUUACAAAUUAGUCGCUCGAAUAUAAUAAAAUGUUCACCAUUACUUAUUUUUAAGAAUUACAAUGAUAAAUAAUAAUUCUUUUUUGCACUAUAAAUCUAACGUGUAAAUAUAAAAAAUCACGUAAUAAUGAUCCCGAAUAAUGUUUCGGAUACAGUGUCAACGAUCAAAGAUGUUCGAUGUUAGGUAAUAAAUAAGAGAAUUCGGAUAGAAUUUUAAAAAGUGGCUAAUAACGAUGAACAAGUUGCAACAAGAUUAAAAAACAUUUGAAUUUUUGCAAAACUUGUAAUAAAAUAAUUUGUGAAACAUGGAAGGAAAAGUUUAACAAUAUUCUCAUCUUGAAAUAUUUCCCUCCUCGGUUGGAGAUUUUUAACGAUUCUUAUGCAUAUUACAUGCGAUUCCCCCAGUUUCAUUUGAAUACUUCGUGAAUGGAAAAGUACAUUAACAUUAUUCAACAACUUUUAACAAGAAUAAUUAAAAAAAAAAAUUUGUAAAUUUAAACACUCUUUCAGAUUUCUUGUACGGGACGAAAUCGAUCAACUUUCCUCGAAAAUUUUCCCUCCUGUUUUGUCGCGCUCUGUAUAUGCACGAAAACGGAAAUGACAAACGAGAAAAAAGAAACGUGUUGAAGAUUUCAAGUAGAACGAAUAUAAUGUUUCUUGGACAAUUGUAGUUGAUAGAUUUACAGUAUAUUUCCAGCGCAUUGAAACGAAUGGAAAAUCGGAGAUAUUGAACUUUAAGAUAAAAUAUCUAUUAAUUUCUCUUAAAUCUGCGUUAAUGUUGGAAUCAUAGCGUGUAAAAAGAGAUAUAAUAACAUUGUGUAACGGAAUAGAAAUAGUUGAUUCAUUUCGAUGAUAGACGGAUUCAAAUAAUUUUCGUUCUUCAAACACAACAACAAGUGUACUAAAUCAUUAGUAUUAUUGUCGGAAAGAUAAAGGAAUGGUCUUGAUCUUUUUGACGAAUCGAAAUGAAUGUAGGUUGUCAUUGUCAAUCCAGAGAAGUUGGAAAAACGCGCAAGAUUAAUAGGAUAAUCUGUGAGUGAUUCUUUUUUGCUAUGAACGUCGCUCAUCCCGAGAGAAAAAUCGAAGGUCGUUGUCCAAAAAUUUUUUCGCGAUAAAAAAUUUCGAAUCGAACAUUCGUUGAGAAAUUGAAAAUACGAACGUGAAAAUUUAAUGAAAGUUACAGUCUCGAGCAAAUUAAUGAUAAUGAUGAUUCAUUAAUAAGAUUUAUUUAAUAUUUAAUAUUGUGACAAACAAUGAUUUAUAUCGAUUAAAAUUUCAAUCAAAUUACAAUUUCGAGUCGAUAAACUUAAGUUUUCCUUCGAGAACUGGAUCGAUAUAAUCCCAUCGAUAUCUCGUUCCGCAAGAGAAACGAAAGUCGGAAUUUCGCUUUCAAUGGUAGUUCAACGUUCUAAAAGCCGCGUUAAUUUGCUUGGCAAUUAAAAAUAAACACGAAACUAAUAUUAAUUUUAAUCACAAAAUCAUCUUUUACCAUUUUCUGUUUAAUUUUAUCACUAUCUCGUAAAAAAUUAAUCGAACUUUUUCCUUAGAGCCGAUCAAACGUUGAAAUCGGUCGAAAGGGGAAAAAAAAGGAAGGGAACAAAACUUUCCUUUAAACGAGGUAAAACAUGUUACUUGUUAUUUUUCUACUUCUCGAAUGAGCUCUCGAUUUCGAUCUUUUUCGAAAAAGAAGACAAAAAGAGUAAUAUUCUACGAUAUUAAUUAAAUCUCAAAUUUAUCGUUUACCAGCCUGUUCGAGAAAAAUCAAAUAAAAGAGGAGGGAAACAGAAUCUAAAAGAUAGAAUCGGAUAAAAGCAAACUCGUGAAUUUUUCUAUUUGUAAACCAUUUGUUACAAAAAUUUCAUUAAGUCGACAAUUUGGAAAUUACAACACGCGGCAAAACUUUUUUCGUUUAUCAACCUCAGAUGAUUUGCGACAUCGACCGAGAGCGAGAAGAAAAAAAUGAACGUUUUUAUUCAAUAAUCUUUUCCAAUAAUUCUCCUUUUCCACUAAGAAUUAAAUCAUUUUAAUAGUUCGCGAUGUUGGAUCGAGUUAAAGUCGAAGCAUCGACGAUUUUCGUCUUAUAGGGGAUGACGUUGGUGAAGAAGGGAAGGAAAGGAAAGGAAAAAGGCGAGAAGAAUUAUCUUUAAUGUCAUGGAGAUUAGUGGGAAAUAAGCAAAGUGAAUCAAUCUGAAGCGAUAACUUUUUCACUCGCAAACUUCUCUCUUUUCUUCGAUCUCGAACAUAAAAAUUUCUAGAGAAAAUGUGGAACCUGAGAACGUUCGAAAAUUUAAUGCGACAAUACAAUGUCUUCGUGUAAAGAAAAUUGUUUGCUGAAUUUUUCCCAAGAGAGUGACGUGUUAUCGAUAUCCAUAUCUACACUCGCGUAAACGACAACAUCCUCUCAAACAAAAAAAGGAAGGAAAAUGCAUCCGUUCGAGCCAAUAAUUAUGACGUGGUUGGGAUCGGUGGUAUUCGCGUUGAUCGAUGCCACCGAUUCGGACGAUUAUCUUUUAGUGGAUUACACCGAUGAAUCGGAUUACAAUGCCACCAAUUGCACCAAUAUUUACUGCAUCUCGAACGAAGAGUACGUAGAUCGUAUGAUGAAUUACAUAUUUCCCAAAUUUUGGGAUUGGGUGCUGAUCGCGUCGCACAGCAUCGUCUUCGUCAUCGGAUUAAUUGGAAAUGCCCUAGUCUGCAUCGCCGUUUACAGAAAUCAUACGAUGAGAACAGUGACGAAUUAUUUUAUCGUCAAUUUGGCAGUGGCUGAUUUCCUAGUUUUAUUACUUUGUCUUCCAUUCACCGUGUUAUGGGACAUCACGGAAACUUGGUUUCUUGGUUUAACCUUGUGCAAAGCUGUGCCAUAUCUCCAGACAGUAUCGGUGACUGUGAGCAUAUUAACUCUAACUUUUAUAUCGAUAGAUCGAUGGUACGCGAUAUGCUUUCCUUUGAGAUUCAAAUCUACCACAGGAUGGGCAAAAAAUGCGAUCAUCGGAAUUUGGACAAUAGCUCUUCUAUUUGAUAUUCCAGAUCUUGUGGUGUUGCAUACCGUCCCACCUACGCACAUCAAAAUAAAGACCAUUUUAUUCACACAAUGUAAUAUAUCCUGGAGUAAAAAGAAUCAAGUCAUCUUCAUUGUCGUCAAAUUAAUUUUCCUCUAUACUGGACCUUUGAUCUUCAUGAGUGUAGCGUAUUGGCAGAUUGUAAAAGUUCUUUGGAAAAGCGACAUUCCGGGGCAUAAUUUGUCGUCACGAGCGUCCCAAAUGAGCCAGAUUCCACCAUCCGGUGGCGGAAAUCCGGAAGUGCAGCUGAGAUCUCGAAAAAAAGCAGCAAAGAUGUUGGUCACGGUGGUCAUCAUUUUUGCCAUUUGCUAUUUUCCCGUGCAUUUACUCUCUGUUUUAAGAUAUACCACUACAUUGCCAUCGAACAAAUGGAUAAAUGCUAUCAGUUUAAUCGCGCAUGGCCUAUGCUAUUUCAAUAGUGCAGUUAAUCCUUUGAUCUACAAUUUCAUGAGCGGGAAAUUUCGAAAGGAAUUUAGGUGUACAUUUCGCUGUACUCGAGAAAGUAAUUCUCACAUACAACGCGGACAUCUUGCGAAAACAUCUAAUUUUCCUCGAAUUAAAACUCGAACUAUGACGAUACAACGGACAACGUUUAAAAAUAAUAACAAUCUUCAACGAAACACCGAAAUUAUACCUCUCAGUGCUAUAAUCAGCAUUCAACAAAACGAAAAAUACGACUGAUCGUAAGCAUAUAUCUAUAUUAGUCAUUAUGAUUAUUAGACGCGCAAUAAGAUUCACAAAUAAUUUAUUUACAUAUAAUUUGAACUUUAAUAUUAAGAUAAUAGAUAAAUACAACAAAAAUUAUAUUCCAUUCGAUAAGUAACAAAAAGAACUUGAUAAUCAUAUUUAAUUUUUAAAUUUGUAAAAAUUGUUAGAUACUUUUAAUAUGCAUUGAAAUAUGAAUUCAUUAGAUAACGAAACACUGAGCUAUCUAAAAUGUACUUACAAUAUUAAGAAUUACCAGGGAGAAGCUCGACGUUUAUUCUUGUAGAGCAUGAAUUAUAACAUAGGCACAUACGAAUUUGUAAAUCAUUCUUCUAAUAGAAUGAUUGUAUUUAGAAUAAUUAUGUAUAUGUAUUCUUUAAACGAUACGUCGAACAUGCCGACAAAAUUAUAUGUAAAAUAUUUAAUAAGAUUAUAUAUAUACUAUAUGUAUAUAUAUGCUAUAUGUUAUAAAUAUGUGAUGCAAAUUUCAUAUUCUGUACACUGUUGUUAGUACAUCAUAUAAUCUUGAACUUAUCUUUAAUUCGUUAUAAUUAUACAUGUACAUCUUUGUCAUGUAUAGAAAUCAAUUAACUCAAAAAUCAAUUCCAUUAUUCGUAUAAUCUCAUUUCAUCGUUGAUGAAAAUUUUAUAUAAAUUAACAUUAAUUGAUACAUUCGUGAAUUUUGAGAAAUUUGAGAAACUCAAUAACUCAAAAAGAGGAAAAUAAAUUUAGUCAUAUAUGGAAAAAUUUCUUAUCAAUAUAUUAUCUUUCACCUUGCCAGUAACAAAGCAUAUUUUUAUAAGCGUAUUAAAAAAAAAUUAUCGCGAUAUCAACCUUUCGAAGCUAUUAUGAAAAGUCGAUUAAAAUGGAUAAAUGAUAAAUUUUAUAGUUAGUAUCAAUUUUGUCUUAAUUAGAUUUUAAGAUAUACUAAAUUAUAUAACGAUCAUUUCUUCAUAAUAUAUGCGAUCGGAGAUUUUUUUCCUGUCCUAAUGUAAAUAAAAUUAAAGCAUUAAGUAAUUCUUUACCUAAUAAAUGUACUCCAUUCAUUCAUCAUUUACUUAAAUCACGGUACAAACUCAUUUGUACACAAAAGACAUAACACGUAUUAAGGUUACUGACCUGACUAUAUCCUAUUUACAGUAGCCAUUGUAUUAAAAAGAUAUAUCGAUUUAUUGAUGAUUUCAUCAGUCAAUGCUGCAUGCGUUAAUACUCGAUAUACAAUAAUAUGUUUAACACUAAUCGUUUCUACUAAUUAAUUAUUAGUAGAUUUCAUAUAUGAAAAGAGUUUAACAAUAUAGAAGAAUGAUAUUUAAUGAUAGCAGCAGAUUGAUGGAAUUCGUAGUGAAACAUUAAUAUAAAUGUAACUACGAAAUAUACAACAUUAUAAUGGAA